CGGAGAACGAAAAGAUCAACUCGGGCUGAAAAAAGUGAUUACGCAUUAGAAUCGCUAUUGGAAAGAUCUCACCGUGCUGUCGGUACAUCCUUCGACAAGCAAUUCUCCCCGCAGUCCCUCGGCAUCUUGGUCCCGCGUGCAGCAACGUCAUCAGCCUGGCGUCUUUUGGGCGAUCGAACGGAAUCGGAGGGUCGCAGACCCAGGACCCGGAUUCCAUCGCGAAAAUUGAUAAUGAUUCAGCGGCCACAAGUCCCGUAAUGGCGGGUGUCAAUCAUACCUCUGCCUCUAUGGGCGCUACUGAUAGUGUGCCCGGUCGCAAGCGCAAUGUCACUAUUGCGGGGAUGGAUAGUUCACCGGGCAGUAUCGACGACGGGGAGGAUAAUGGCGAUGACAAGAGGCGCCAACCUGUAAAGCGCGCCUGUAACGAAUGUCGUCAGCAAAAGCUUCGAUGCGAUGUCAUUCAAGACCCUUGGACCGAUUGUUCCAGAUGUCGUCGACUAAAACUUGACUGCAAGAUCGAGUCCAACUUUAAGCGAGUUGGGAAGCGCAGUCGCAACGCGGAAAUGGAACGAGAGAUCAUUGAGCUCAGGAAGCAAAUUGCUACAGCAAAUUCCGGCCCAGGCACCUACCCGCAACAACCACAACUAGCCGCAGGCCAAGUGACGCCGAAGCAAGAGUCGAAUCAAGUCAGCCCUGCGGGUGUCUACCAAACACCUUCAGCUUUGUCGACAGAUCAGUACAUGGGCUCGCAGGAAGCGGUCGCGUCGCUGCUUGAUUUGCGUUCGGGAUUCGAUGGCUCAAACUAUAUGCGGAAUGGCAAUCAUCAAUUCAAGCGAAUUGAAGAUGUGAUGGUUGUGCCAGAGAAAGUCACAGAACUUUUCAAUCUGUUUUUCACUUAUUACCAUCCGUUCCUUCCAUUCCUUAACCGGACACAGACGCCCGACGACUACUAUACCGCCUCGCCUCUUCUUUUCUGGACAAUCAUCAGCGUCGGGGCUAGACGGUACCAAAGUGAUUCCGGUCUGUUGACGUCCCUUGCUGGGCCUGUCACGCGACUUGUGUGGAGCACAUUGGCAGAUAUCCCCCAAAGUUAUCAUGUCGUGAAGGCCCUCUGUCUGCUCUGCUCAUGGCCGUUCCCGACAAGCAGUACCUCUACAGACCCGACAUUCAUGCUCUGUGGAAUGAUGAUCCAGGUCGCCAUGCAGCUUGGUCUUCAUCGCCCUUCGCACAGUCAAGACUUUAGUAAAUUCCGAGUGGAGCUUAUUGAAGAGGAGUUGAGGGACAAGGUGCAAACCUGGGCUAUUUGCAAUAUUGUUGCGCAGCGCGUAUCAACCGGUUACGGCCAGCCCCCCUCUACACUCUAUGACUGGACAUUGUCGAGUGAUUCAUUGGACCCCAACUUUAAGUUAUCUGCAGACAUCAGGCCUAGGCUGGAGGUUGAGAAGUUCUGUGACAAAAUCACCAAAGCUCUUUACAGCAACCGGCGAGACCCCGUUGGGCUUACUACGGACCAGGAAAGACAUACGAUGAUUUCUUUCCUUUCGCGUGACUUUGAUGAGCUUGAGGAACAACUGAAGGCGCAAAACGAUCCGAUAACUAAUCUGUAUUUGCGUGCCUCAAACCUUCACUUGCACCUGUCUGCAUUCUUCGACGAGCCUUCAGAGAAAGACUAUCGCGAGCGCCUUCUUUCACUUUAUGUCGUAACGACAUCGUUCCUCGAGGUUGUCAUGAAUCUUGAAACUGAAGUUGGGCCGGUGCUCUCAUAUACACCCUAUUACAUAUACCAGAUGAUGGUCGCAGCUGGCUGCACUCUUCUCAAGCUGAGCAAAAGCUUUUUCUCGUCUCAUAUUGAUAUGGAGUACACAAAAAAUCUAUUCAACCGCACCAUCUGGGCUGUCCGUGGCGUGUCGGUUUCCAGCAAUGAUUUGCCUGAACGUCUGGCUGAAGUGCUUGCCCAAAUGUGGAGACUUGGAGGCGGAACACAGAGAUCCGCUGGAAAUAAUACCGAUGUGGAUGAUUCCUUGAGACUGAAGGUUCGGUGCCGGAUGAGCAUGUCUCUGCUUUUCGACUCGGUAUGGCGAUGGCGAGAAGACACGCGGACUAAAGGCCGUAAUAUUGAAGCAUAUCUCAAAAAUCCGACGAACCCUGAUUCCGCAGCUGAUUCGUCCGCCGCAUCCUCCGUUGGCCUGCCACGCACGCAGUCGUCCACACCUGGAAUUUCUGGUGGUGAUCCAAGCCUUGCACCGGCGCCAAUGCUAACGCAGCCCAGCCUUGGUGUCCAAGCACCAGGCAGUAGCGUUGGGCUCCCGAGCGGGUUCAUGGAACCAAACUACGAGGUCUUCGACCCACUGAACUGGCUGCUUGACGGCCUGGUAGACUUGCCGUACUCAUACUCGACAAUGGGCGGCAUUGAGUCCCAAGGCAUUGCAUAGACACAGUCUCCACUGUCUGCUUGCCUUCUUUUUGGCGUUUUUCUGUUGAUUAUCUGCAGGCGUAUAUCCUGGACGCCUCUGUUUGUAUCAUUAUACCACACGGAUCCAAUCUCUGAUACCUUUUUUGGGAGUUUUAAACCUAUUUGUCACUUAUCUUGAUCUGUCUGUGUCCAGCCCACAUUGGUUUUCCUUCUUACGAGUUUCUUUGUACGACACUUUACUUUUGAUGUGUGAUGGCUGCGUGCUUUAUACAUGAGCCUCCCUUUGUUUCAAUUUUCGAGUCCCACUCAAAGUGCGGAGUAGGAGCCCCAAAAUAUAGUCUGCCAUCUGCGCCCUGCACUUGAUAUCACAUUUCCGGUUCGCCC